GCUGACUUCUUCACACGUAUUAUUAUUUAUCAAUAUUUUAAACGAACUAAAAUGCCUUUAAUAAGUCAGUAUAUUUAAUACAAAAUAUACUAUUGUUCAUAAUCUCCUAGAAAUUAAUCAAUCGUUGUUCAGACUGGUUUGAAUCAAAAUAUUCCUCCCCAACCAAGUCCAGGUCUCUGAUUUACCUUGAACUAAAGGUUUUUACUUCGUUGUUUUUCCUUAUUUUACGAGCCGAAAUGUCUUCGAGUCUGUGUUUAAUUCUUUUUAUUGUUCCUUUGGCGUUGUCAGCGAACAAUUCUAUAGAUUCUGCAACACUGCAAAACGUGUUUGGGAACCCCCCUCCAGCAGGACAGGCAUUAGCUGUUACUCCCAGCAAUGGCAACUUGGUCGACCCUGAUUAUUGGGAUUCAGAUGAUAAACACAUGCCUGCCAAAGCGGACUACGAUAAAUUCGACUUUAUGUUGACUAAGCGUUUAGCCUCGAGCUCUAGCGAGAACUUCCUCCUGUCCCCACUGGGCUUAAAGCUGGCGCUGGCUAUCCUAACCGAGGCGGCCACGAGCACCACGCAAUCGGAGCUGUCCUCCGUACUCGGCUUCGACCUUGAUAGACUCGUCGUGAGGAGGAAAUUUGCUGUUAUCCUUGACUCUUUGACGACAAAAUCAUCGCAGUAUAUCCUGAAUUUGGGUAAUAGAAUCUACAUCGACGACUAUGCGGAACCGCGUCAGAGAUUUGCAGCAAUUGCUGAGGAGUACUAUAAAACGGAACUGAAGAAGAUAGACUUCAACGACGCUCCUGCGGCCGCGAAGAGCAUCAACGCUUGGGUCGCUAACAAGACUGAGGGAAACAUACAUAACUUGGUGAACGAAGAUGACAUCCAGAACAUCGUGGUACUAGUCCUGAACACCAUUUACUUCAAAGGCACGUGGCGUGAUCAAUUCGCACCUAAUGCGACUAAGAAAGGCCCGUUUUACGUGUCUGACUCGCUACAGAAGCCAGUCUUUUUCAUGAAUGUUAAGAACAAGUUCUAUUACGCCGAGUCUGCGAAAUAUGAUGCAAAGAUCGUCAGAAUGCCGUAUUUGGUAAGUUGUUAUCUUUUGAAACCGUAAUUUGAAUCU